AUGAAGAAGAAAGUGGUGGUUAGAGGUUUCAAGGCAGAGGCCCGGCACCCGUUAAGAUCAGAAGAAGACCCGAGAUCAGUAAUCUGGAAGACAGUUGAUGGGGGUCGGAAAGGGAAUGGAUGGGGCUGCCACAGAGGCCACCCCAGCUUCCCUACAGCAGGACACGUGCUGAACGCCCUGCAGGGGCUGCCUUUUGAGCGCCGGACUUGGCCAGCAGCCUCUGAAGGGACAGGAGGUGGCGCUGUCGGCACAAGCAUCGUUGCUGAUGGAGCCGCUUGUCUGCAGCCCCCGGGGACCAGGAGGACAAAGCCGGCUGAGUGGCUGCUUCUGACGCUAGCCGUUACAGGAGAGGUAGGGCAGGGAGGGACCCAGGGUGGUAUCGGGAAGGAGCCCAAGGGGCAGGAUGCGGGCACACAAGAGACCCUGUCUGGGGGCUCCCCCAAACUCUUAGAAGAAUCCAAUAGGUCCUGGAACCCAGCAAAACAGGAGAAGUGGAGUCAGAGAAAUACUGCUUUGUGA